AAAAGGGAGGGGCUUAUACGUAAACGGGCCAGGCUGACUUCGCUGGCGCUAGUGCUUUUACAGACAAUAUCCUGUCGACUUGUGAGUAGAACGCAGUCUGUUUUUGAAGUGACUUUUCAGCACCAGAAUCACCAGCAAUCAUGGCUCAAAGACCAAAGGACUACGGAAUGACUGCCGAGCUGGCGGACAAGAAAGCUGGCAAGUACGAUCCAGUUGCAGAGCAGGAGGCCAGAGAGUGGAUUGAGGCAGUCGUUGGGGAACCUAUACAGGACAACUUUCAAGAGGGUCUCAAAGACGGAAUCAUCCUUUGCAAGCUCGCUAACAAGCUGCAACCGGGCUCUGUCCGCAGGAUCAAUGAAAGUAAGAUGGCAUUCAAACAGAUGCAAAAUAUCGGCAAUUUUUUGACGUUUGCUGAGGCGUACGGAUGCAAUAAAGCUGAUAUGUUCCAAACGAUGGACCUGUUUGAAGGUCAGAAUAUGCCACAGGUGGUUAAUGCAAUCCAUGCGCUCGGACGUAAGGCCCGGGAGAAGGGAUUCGAUGGGCCGACACCUGGGGCCACGGAGAGUCGGCACCGGGACUUUACGGAGGAGCAACUCAAGGAGGGCCAAAAUAUUAGCGGGCUUCAGAUUGUUUCGAACAAGGGUGCCAGCGCCGCUGGGCAGACCCCCUAUGGACUGGGACGUCAGGUGGAGAAGACAAAUUUGAAAAUUAAACAAUGAACUGAGCGGACUUGUCUAGACGCAUGAUAACGGGCAUUAAUAUCCGUUGGCUUGUAAUCGCGAAUUUUCCAGGUGUGCCAUUGUGUUGGGUUUUUGCAU